CAGUUGCCUUCAAAUCUAUCUGCUACCAAUGCUGUUAAUUUUGUUAGUUCGUGACAAUACGUCACUGGCCAAAAAAUAUCAGCCAUUCGAAUAACGAACUCAAACUGUAAACAGUGAAUACGUUUGUCAUAUUUUUAUCCAUCAAUUGAUAUCAUCAUCAUCGUAACUAUAGAAAAACGUUCUGGUCACACACACAAAAACAUCAAGAGCAUCGAAAAUUCAUCAUGAUGCAAUUGGUCAAUGAUCCAUCUCGAUCAGCAUUAAAUGUUCGAUCAAUAAUAUGUGACAAUAACGGCAUCAUCAUUGCCGAAACAGUUUACCGUUGUAUGUUUUGCGCCAAAAUUUUUGACACAAUGGAUCAAAUACAAUUACAUUAUCAUUGUGAACAUUAUGAAGAGGAAAUAUCUUUCAAAAAAAUCGGUCAUCAGAAAAAACAAAGAAAAAGACCAAUUAUCGAUUAUGAUCAAGAUGAUUUUGAUGAUCCUAUUGAAAAGGUCUUUGAUGAUGAUGAUGCGAUUGUUGACCAAGUUUCUAACAAUGUUGAAGAUUAUUUUGAAGAUAAUUCACAUCUUAUGUCCAUGCAAUUACAUGAGAACCUCGAUGUUGAUGAAAGUUUUGUUUCGUCUUUAACACAAUCGACUAAAUCUUCGCCAACUCAUUCAUCGAUGCCCAAUCAAAAUUCCAAAGGCGGAACCGUUACAUGUGAAGUUUGUGGACUAACCAAAUAUUAUUCUCAUAUAUCACGUCGUUAUGGUGUGUUCAGCUGUGAAAGUUGUGCCAAAUUUUUCUAUCGUUACACUCAGAAACCAGUGCAAUACAUAUGUUUGUAUGAUGGAAAUUGUUCAUUGAAAAUUGAUUCGCCUGGUGCACGUUGUAAAUCUUGUCUACUCAAUGCUUGUUUAAAGAAAUAUAUAUUAGAUCCUAAGAAACAUGCCAACAUAUACCAAAAACAUUUUAAUGCUUCCACAUCGAAUAUUCUCAUGGUAGACGAUAUCAACAAUAAUAACCAUAUUACCUCAGAUGAUCAAAUACUUUUAAAGGAAACCAUAGCCUCAGGUUCAUCUUUGAAUGAGAGUAUUGUUCAGAAGUUUAUAAAACCCAAUCCUGAAAUCAAACAACCUGGACAUCGAUCAAUGAAUUUGGGAGUUAAAAAAUCCAAAUCCAAACAGGAUCUAUUAAAGAAAAAAUCUAGUACUACUUCAAAGGGUGACAAUUCACUUGGGAUGAAUUCUAAAUUUCGUCGAAUGGCUUGCCGUGUUUGUGAAGGAUGUUUACAAGAUGAUUGUGGUACAUGUUUAUAUUGUUUGGAUAAACCAAAAUUCGGUGGCAAUGAUAUCAAGAAACAAAAAUGUCUUAAACGUCGAUGCCUUCUUCUUAAACAAUAAUCAUCAUUGUUUUUUGGAAGCCAAAGCUAUGUGCGUGUAUAGAAAUUGUUUUUGAAUAAUUUUUCGAAGUAAUAAUUAAAAUUCCGUUUUUUCAAUUUA